UUAAUCUCAAUUCUCAAAAACGAAGAUGCGAAUAAUAGGGGAAAAGGAGAGGAAAUAAUUAGAUUAGAUUUUUUCUUUUUCAUUUACUUUUUUUUUUUUUUUUCUUUCUUUGUGUUUCUUUUUAAUCCUUUCCCAUCUCUCUCUCUCUCUCCCCUCUAUAAUCUCUCGCCCAAGGGCUGCUUGUUUUAUUAUUUAGUCUCUCUUUGAAACCCUAAUUUUGCAUAGAGAGAGGGAGAUGGGGAGAGAGAACAAAUUGACGGGGUGGGAGGCGGUGGCGGCGGCCGCGGUGGUGGCGGGGUUCGGAUUAGGGCUUUUUGGGGUGUAUCUGUCGAUGCCCGCCUCUGAUUAUAGCUUCCUCAAGUUGCCCCGCACAUUGGAGGAGCUCCAAAUUCUUAGGGAUCACCUUGAGAGCUACACAAGUGACUACACGAUACAAGUUUUAGUGGGUUACUGUGCCGUCUACAUAUUUAUGCAGACUUUCAUGAUUCCAGGGACUAUCUUCAUGUCUCUGCUUGCGGGUGCAUUAUUUGGCGUCUUUCAUGGUGUAGCAUUGGUCGUAUUUGCUGCCACAGCUGGUGCUUCUUCCUGCUUUUUCCUCUCAAAAUUGGUAGGAAGGCCCAUAGUGUUCUCGUUGUGGCCAGACAAACUCAGCUUCUUCCAAGCACAGGUAGCUAAGAGAAGAGAAAAGCUGUUGAACUACAUGCUUUUCCUCAGAGUUACUCCUGCAUUGCCUAACACCUUCAUUAACUUUGCAUCACCGAUUGUUGACGUGCCCUACCACAUAUUCUUCUUGGCAACCCUUAUAGGCCUCAUCCCAGCUGCCUAUGUCACAGUGAGGGCUGGAAUUGCUUUGGGAGAGUUAAGAUCGCUGGGCGACCUUUACGAUUUCCAAUCAGUAGCUACUCUGUUCUUUAUUGGCAUUAUUUCCAUUACACCUACACUGAUGAGCAAGACUCAACAAGAUGACGAGUCGAAGCCGAAACUGAGCUGAUUCACGAAUGUAUCACCGCACCUCUUGUACAUAUCAAGAUUCAAUGUCGGGGGGCACCUUCUUCCUGAUCUGAAUCAACAGAGCCAUGGAUGGACUGUUGAGUCAGUGGAUGAUCACCGUAGCCUGCUUUCGUUUCGGCUCAACUUACAGAAUUAGUUAUGUUAUCUAAAAAUCUAGUCCCGUGACUAUAUUAUUUUCAUCGUAUGUCGAACAACAAUUUGAAAUCGAAGAAAUCAUCCAAAUUUCUUAUUGAAUUUGUUCUUCACACCUUGAAUUCAUUGUAAAUACCACUAAUUGCGAUGCAGUGAAUUAGAAUGAAAUUAGUUCUUUUAGUUUC